UUCAAUGCGCGCUACAUAGUGCACUACAUAGUGCAACAAGUAGCUAUUUGGAUUUCGACUCGUUUUCAGUGUGGAACAAAACCUUAAGCCUGCUACAUCGUCCUGACCUGCACACAUCAGUGAAGAGAGAGAGAGAGAGAGAGAGAGAGAGAGAGGUGACCAUCCAUUACACUUUCACCAGAGGCUUGUGUAAAAGGCACCAGUAUAGUGGAUCAGGGGGUCAUGGCUGGCUUUCUGGUGUGGUUUUGGAACGAGAGGUUUUGGUUGCCUCAUAACGUGACCUGGGCCGAUUUGAAGAACACUGAGGAGUCCACGUUCCCGCAGGCGGAGGAUCUGUACGUGGCGUGUCCACUGGCCUUCUUCAUCUUCAUCAUCCGACUCGUGUUUGAGAGGUUCAUUGCAAGACCAUGCGCUCUGGGACUGAAAAUCCAAGCGAGCGGCCCACGGAAGGCUCAAGCAAAUGCCAUUUUGGAGAAAGUCUUCACUGCUAUCACCAUGCAUCCUGAUGAGAAGAGGUUAGAGGGCUUGUCAAAGCAGCUGGACUGGGACGUGAGGACAAUCCAGCGCUGGUUUCGACAGAGACGUAAUCAAGAGAAACCGAGCACUCUCACCCGCUUCUGCGAAAGCAUGUGGAGGUUCACGUUUUACCUGUACAUAUUUACCUAUGGGGUGCGGUAUCUCAAAAAGACCCCCUGGUUGUGGAACACUAGAGAAUGCUGGUACAACUACCCAUAUCAGGCGCUAACAGUGGACCUGCACUAUUACUACAUUUUGGAGCUGUCCUUCUACUUGUCUCUGCUCUUCUCCCAGUUCACAGACAUCAGGAGGAAGGAUUGUCUGCUCAUGUUCAUGCACCACGUUGCUACCGUCUCUCUGAUCAUGUUAUCAUACGUGAAUAACAUGGCUCGAGUGGGAACUCUCGUCCUGUGCCUCCACGAUGCUUCAGAUGUGCUGCUGGAGGCUGCAAAAAUGGCCAACUAUGCCAAGUAUCAAAGGUUCUGCAAUGUCCUGUUUAUCAUGUUUGCACUGGUGUUCAUCAGUUCCAGACUGGGCCUGUAUCCUGUCUGGAUUUUGAACACCACUCUGUUUGAGAGCUGGGAGAUCGUAGGGCCAUAUCCAUCUUGGUGGGUGUUUAAUGGGCUGCUGGUGCUUCUGCAGGGUUUACACAUUUUCUGGUCCUAUCUCAUAGUUAAAAUAGCCUGCAAAGCCAUCUCCAAAGGCAAGGUGGGAAAGUGGAAUCCUUUACAUGUGUCAAAGGAUGACCGCAGCGACAUUGAGUCUAGUUCUGACGAGGAGGAAAUGGCACCAUCUGCUCACAAGCACCACACUAACGGGACCAAUGGGUGUCAUGGCACAAACGGUUUCCUGUCAUCCCUGUGCCAUGACGAACACUAAGCGUUGUCGCGUGGUUUCUGCCUGCUGCAGCCUGCUCAUUAGUCUGUACAGUACUCAUGCGUGUCAAAGCAACAACGUCACCCAUCCAGUACUGGAAGACCGUAAUGCAGAAUAAUGUGAAUGCAGCUGCAUUUCAGUACGAUUCAGUCCAAUGAUUUUGUUCUUGUUGCUUGUACCCGUUUUACUUUUCUGAUAUUCGGACCAUUUCUAGGCACAUGGUCGAAUGUCAUAUCAACGCUCCAUCCUCCAUCUGUAGCUCACUGUUAAUUUGAACAAACGAACGCAUCACUCGUAUCACGCUAGCAUGCUGCUGUGGUCAUGUAGUUUGGUGUCCGUGGGAGCGGCCGUUUUCUUGAGGUAACAUCUAUGUAUUUAUUUAUUUUUUUAUAUCUAUAUAUAGGUUGCAAAAUUGUGGUUGAGACUUGAUUUUCUAUUUCUUCAAGUAAUUUGCUGUCAGUGUUUUUGAGAUGGCGCACUAUUUAAAGUUCGGUCACUGUUUCAGGAUUCAGCAAGGCAACAGCUUUUACGUGCACAAGACGUUUCGCUUGAAAUCGUUUUAUCGCAGAUGAGGUAACCGCUGAAAUCUGAAAUGCUCACCUGUAAAAUGGAUGGCGUGCGUCACACAACCGAGCGACGCCACUCGCUGUAUUUGCACUAGUGAACUGUAAAAAUGGGAAUUCUAAAACUGUAUUAUGUGCACACGUGUUUGGAUUGAACUUCUGCCAUAUUGUCCUUCACUUUAAAUCACAUAUGGACCUGUACUUAAAACAGUGGACAGACUCUUUUUUUUCUUUUUUUUUCUUUUCGUGCGUGUUUGUGAUUUUUACAUUGUGUUUAAAGAAUUGUAAAACAACUAUCAAUGCAUUAUUGGAUUGAUUUUAAGGAACCGAAUGAUAUUGCCUUUUUGUCCUUGAUUAUAAUGUGAAAUCUGGGUCUGUGUUUACAUGGACCAUGUAAUGUGUUAUAUACUGUAGGUAGUAGCCACAAGUGCAUGACACAGUAUUAAUCUCAAAUUCUGUGAAUCAGGAUAUAUGUAAUCAUUAGGCAUAAAAAUUUACCCUUUCAAAUGUGAUCUAUAGCGUCUGAAGGUUAAGACACCUUACACGUGGAUGGGGUACACAAUCACAUGUACACAUAUGCACGUCGCCAAAUGCGUGAACACCAUACAGUGAUAUUAUGUUUCUGCUUCUUCAGCUUUUGAAUGAUAUCUUCUCAUUGUCCCAUUGUCCUGUUCUUGGUAUAAUGUAACACUUAUUUCUUUACUGAGCUAAGUGGAUGACUCAUUAAAAUGCCUUUGAAAUCAGGGUUAAAAAAAAACUCUUUGCUUUUCUUCAGUGAGCAAGCUGUGGAGAAGAGAGGAAGCUAAUUAUCUCUUGCUAAGCUAAUUGUCGCUGUGUGCGUGCUGAAUUCUGGGCUUUAAACUAAAUGUCAGGGGUAAAAAAAAAAAAAAAACUGUUUUUGCUUUUUGCCUUUAAGAGGGAGAUAAAUAAACAUGUUGCCAGGCAUUUAAAAUAAACACGGCAGACAUUUUUUGUUGUUUCAGAUCAGUAUUCUAUAAAGCUACGCAGUGGCAUUAAAAAGUUUCGAAACUC